AUGGUCAGCUUGCAGAUUUGGGCCAUAUGCCAACACCAAGUUCCAUCAGCUGCAGCUGAGAAUCAGGCAGUAAAAGCCACCCGGGACGACCCCUCUAAGAAGGGUCAGUCUCCCUUAAAGCGUACUGAUCUUGCUCCCACCAGAAACCUGGGACUCAUCGCUGACACCUCCCACACUCGGCCCCAGUGUCCAAUCUCUUACCGAGACCUGGUGCCUCGGCUUCUUACAGCUGAGACCCACGAGCACAAAGCUGGUGACUCUACGAUCAACACCCACUCUCACCCGACUGUGGGAGUCUUUAAUUACAACGCGCGGGCAAAACUCCAACAAAGGGAGCCCUGGGAUCUCCAGGCCCCCAAACCAAUCUUCGCUAAAUCCAGUCCCGCAGGGUGGUAUUUUUGCUCCAGCCAUGAACUCGGCCUUUCUUACGUGAUUACACGCGCGACCUACACCCAGGCUGGGCAGACGGGAGGCAAACAGCUCGCCGGACGCGGCGGCUGCCGACGGUGGACCUGCCCGCGGACCGCCCCUCACAGGCCGGCGGCCCAGACCGCGCGGGCGACGCCGCCGCGCUUACCCUGCCGGGGAAGAGCGCCCGGGACAGGCGAGCCACUCACCAGAGCCGAGGCGCGACGCAGCCCGACUGACGGCAGCGAGCGAGCCUGGCGGGCCGCGCGGGCAGCUAUCAGCCUGGAAGCCUCGGUACGCGGAUCCCUGCGGCUCCCUGCGUGUAGGCAGAAGCCCACACGAGGGGAUGCAGGGAGGCAUCGCGCAAGCCCUGGGCAGGGCAGGCCUCGAGGAGGCGGCGGCGGGGUCCCGCAACCUCCGUGGGCAGCGCCCCUUUGCGAGCACAGCCCGCAGCCUGAACGAAAAAGCCACCCGAGGACCACCUCCUCCUUUCCUGCUGAAAGCAGAAAGGAAAAGCCUGACGGCCUGCUCGCUCUAAGUGUUGCCGGGAUACCCGGAAUCGAGUGCCAGCGGACACCAGCAGGGAGGACGAGCGCCGGCCACGUCCCUCCCCAGACCAGACCCCCUCAGGAGUAGCUUCUGGCAGCCCCUGCAGCAGAGCUUCUUCUCUGCCUUCUCCUGGGGGUGGCGGGAAGCCCAGGUUCGCAAGGUUUUUGAGCUUCCUGAUAGGGAUGCAUCAAAUGCAUCCAGGAUUUUGUAGAAAGCCUCUGGCAGCCCUACUUUUGUCUGACAGUGAAAACAGUGGCGUCGGCUAACAGGUGUUCCCUCUACGUGGUGGCCGCCAGGAAACUUGGAACCAGGUUGAGCGCCCAAUGGUGUCAGCCGGCUCAUCUCAAGCCCAGGUCAGGCUUUCAUCUUCUGCUGCUUAUUCCGGUGUUCAUCCAAUUGUUGGUGUUAAAAUUAAGUUCCCAAGCCAUUUAGCAUCUUUGGAGUUCAAAGCACUGACUGUGCGAAAAGAUGUGCACCUGGCAAAGCCUACACUUAUCAAUCUUAAGGGAGACCCGAGCACUCUGGCACUGUGCCAGCCGACCUGAUUGGAGUUGGGAUCUUGUAAAGGGGUUUUGCCGUUGGCUUUUGAGUUCAGGUCGAAAGACAGAAAGAAGUCGAUGGCUGGACAGCAUCAGCACCAGGAUGUGUGGGCUCAUUCUUGCACACAGGAAGACAGCCCUGGACCUCUCAGGGCAAAACAAGACUGCCAAGUUAAUGAAGUCAGGUAUUAUCACUAACAUGACUGCGUUUGUAUUCACAGGCGGUGAGAUUUAGGGACAUUUGAGUUACAUCCAAAAUACACGAGAAAAUGAUGAGUGAAAUUGUGUGGGAGUCCAAGGGGUAAAGUGAUUCGCUGUGACCUAGAAUUUGGGCAGUAGGUAACAUUUGCAUUGGAUCUUAACUGGGAAGAAUGGGGCCCUGCAGUCCAGGGAGGGAAGAGCAUAUGCAAUAGUCCAGACGUUGGAGGCAGAUGGCAUUUCAGGCUACCUGAGUUCAUGGUGGGGUAAAAAUAUUUAGUUAGAAAGGAGGAAAGAACAGUUGGAAAUAGACAUGAAAGGACUGGGGUUCUUACAUGCACCUGAGCAUUUUUGAGGCUUCACUCACCUUCCACCCAAAGCCAGUGGAAUUCUAGUCUUCCUUCCUCCCACGCCUUUGCAGUUUCUUCGAGAGGAAGAACAGACCCUCCUCUUUGCGAGGAACUCUUCCUUCUGUACUCUCGAUAAAUGGCAGUGAAAGUUUCUAGCAUAUGCUCUGAUAUGUUAAAUUAUUUGAAAAGCCUUACAAAGGUAUAUCAAGGUGUUGAGAAUAUCAAGGCUGUUAGGAGUUACUCUCAAACUUUAGUGUUCAUGAGAAUCUCUGGAUAGCCAGGACAUGGAAGCAACCCAAAUGUCCAUCAACAGAGGAAUGGAUAAAGAAGAUGUGGUACAUAUACACAGUGGAAUAUUACUCAGCCAUAAAAAGGAACAAAACAGUGCAAUUUGCAGAGAUGUGGAUAGACCUAGAGACUGUCAUACAGAGUGAAGUAAGUCAGAAAGAAAACAAAUAUAUAAUAUCGCUUAUAUGUGGAAUCUAGAAAAAUGGUACAGACGAACUUAUUUGCAAAGCAGAAAUAGAGACAUAGAUGUAGAGAACAAGCUUAUGAAUACCAAGGGGGGAAGGGGGGAUGAAUUGGGAGAUUGGGAUUGAUAUAUAUACACUACUAUGUAUGAAAUAAAUAACUAAUGAGAACCUACUGUAUAACACAGGGAACUCUACUCAGUGCUCUGUGGUGACCUAAAUGGGAAGGAAAUCUAAAAAAAGAGGUGAUAUAUGUAUAUGUAUAACUGAUUCACUUUGCUGUACAACAGAAACUAACACAACAUUGUAAAGCAACUAUACUCCAGUAAAAAUUAAAAAAAAAAAAAAAAAAGAAUCUCUGGGGUACUUGUUAAAAAUAUAGAUUCCUGGGCUCUGCCCCCAAAGAUUCUGGUUUCAUAAGUCUGAAUGUGCCCCAAGGAUCUGCAUUAUUUUUAAUAGUGAUGCAAAUGGUCUUCAAACCUCACUUGAGAAGUACUGAGUUAAAGCUUAUGGUGUAUAUUAGGUGCAGGGCAAAAAAAAAAAAAAACUAGAGAAUGAUAUAAAACCGAGUCAGAUAUGUCAAUAUUAUGACAUAGUAUGAGUGUGUUUCAUGUUUGGUAAUUGCAAUCAUUGUUGCUUUUGUUGUGGUCAUCCAUGUACAAUGCCUGGUGUCAGUCUAUUUAUCUCUUGUAAAAAUAAAAUAUAGUGUGUGUGUGUGAAAAAAUAAAAAAAUAAAUAAAAAUAAGAAAAAAAAAAAACCAAGUCAGAAUGGGAAGGGCCUCGUGCAGUGUGCCUACAGUUUGAACUUUAUCCCAUGGGCUGAAGGGAGUGUGUAGAGGUAUUUAAGUCAUGUGAUUGUUUUUAGAAGCUAACUCUAGAGAACCUCAUUCACUCCAUUUCCAUUGCC